AUUUUAAAGAGGGUAGAGUGUAGAGUUGUCGCUAUUUUUGGCGGCGCCCUUGUAAAAAGUAUGCACAUGAAACAAAAUUGCACAUAUACUGUAUGCCUAUAUAAGUAAAAGGCUAGAUGUCAUUUUGACAUUUUUAUUUUAACAUAUGUCAUUUUAACAUUACGAACAUAACCAAACAAAUUGCAAAUAUCACAAGUUUCAUAGAUGAGGGGGUACAAGUUUCAAGUUUGCGUUUGCUCUUGCUGUGUUGCACUUGCAAGAUGUAAAAUUACUAUUUGAAUACAUAAAAUAAAGUGUAGUCAAAUGGAAAUGGAAGUAAAACAGGAAAUUAGCGAGGAAACGUGUAAAAUAGAAGAAAUAGAGUAUAACUAUGCUGUUUUGGAUGCCUUUAAAUGUGAAAUUCAGGAGGAGGAGGAGUCCAAUAGGCAAAGUACUCAUUGCACAGAUGAUUCUUUAGGCUUGAAGAAAUCUCCCAUAAAUGCAGAAAUAGAACAAUAUGGAAAUAAGCUUAUCUCAUUUGAAGAAAACCAAAAAACUGAAAUAGGUUAUCUCCAAGAUGAAAUCAAAAUGGAAAUCAUGGAGAAACCCAUUGAAGAUCCAUUUUACGAAGGAAAUGAAAAAAGACUUUAUAAAUGUGAGAUUUGUUUCAAGCAAUUUAGCGUAGCAAGUAGUUUGACAAGACAUUUGAGAGUGCACACUGAGGAAAAACCUCACAAGUGUGAAAUUUGUUUAAAACAGUUUAGUGAAGCCGGUACUAUGAAAAGACAUUUGAGAGUGCACACUGGAGAAAAACCUUAUCAGUGUGAUAUAUGUUUUAAUCGGUUUGCUCACAAAUUUCAAUUAACUUCUCACAUGUCAGUACACAGUGGAAAAACACCUCACAAGUGUGAAAUUUGUUUUAAACAGUUUCUUACUGCAAGUCAUUUGAAAAUACAUUUGAGAGUGCACAAUGGAGAAAAACCUUACAAGUGUGAGAUUUGUUUUAAGCAAUUUAGCGUAGCGAGUACUUUGAAAACACAUUUGAGAGUGCACACCGAGGAAAAACCUCACAAAUGUGAAAUUUGUUUUAAACAGUUUCUUACUGCAAGUCAUUUGAAAAUACAUUUUAGAGUGCACAAUGGAGAAAAACCUUACAAGUGUGAGAUUUGUUUUAAGCAAUUUAGCGUAACGAGUACUUUGAAAACACAUUUGAGAGUGCACACUGAGGAAAAACCACACAAAUGUGAAAUUUGUUUUAAAGAAUUUUCUGUAUCAAAUAACUUGAAAAUACAUUUGAGAGUGCACACUGGGGAAAAACCUCACAAAUGUGAAAUUUGUUUAAAACAGUUUAGUAGAUCAGGCGAUUUGAAAACACAUUUGAGAGUGCACAAUGGAGAAAAACCUUACAAGUGUGAGAUUUGUUUUAAGCAAUUUAGCGUAGCGAGUACUUUGAAAACACAUUUGAGAGUGCACACUGGAGAAAAACCUUAUCAGUGUGAUAUAUGUUUUAAUCGGUUUGCUCACAAAUUUCAAUUAACUUCUCACAUGUCAGUACACAGUGGAGAAACACCUCACAAGUGUGAAAUUUGUUUUAAACAGUUUCUUACUGCAAGUCAUUUGAAAAUACAUUUGAGAGUGCACAAUGGAGAAAAACCUUACAAGUGUGAGAUUUGUUUUAAGCAAUUUAGCAUAGUCAGUACUUUGAAAACACAUUUGAGAGUGCACACUGAGGAAAAACCUCACAAAUGUGAAAUUUGUUUUAAAGAAUUUUCUGUAUCAAGUAACUUGAAAAGACAUUUGAGACUGCACACUGGAGAAAAACCUCACAAGUGUGAAAUUUGUUUUAAGCAAUUCAGACAUAAAAUUUCUUUGGGUGAACAUAUAAAGGUUCACACUGAAGAAACGACUUAGUGUGAAAUUUGUUUAAAACUGUAUAUUACUGCAACUGAUUUGAACAGACAUUUGAGAGUGCACAUUGGAGAAAAACCAUAAAAAUGUAAAAUUUGUUUUAAGGAAUUUGGUGAAGCAGUAGCAAGUACAUUUGAGAGUGCACACUGGGGAAAAACCUCACAAGUGUGAAAUUUGUUUUAAAAAUGUUCUCUAUCAAAUAACUUGAAGGCAUUUGAGAGUACACAUUGGGGAAAAACCUUGUCAAGUGAGAUUAAUUGUUUUAAGCAAUUUAGAUUGAUAAAAUUUAUAUUUAAAAAAUUCCUAAUCAUUGUGAAUUAUGUGAUUCUUUUCUGUAGCCGAGGACUGGCGUGAAAUAAUUAAAUUUUGUUUGUUUCGUCUGAAUUUUGUAGAAGAAUGUUAAAAUUAUAAAUUUUAAAGACUGCCUAGUUAUAUUUUUAAGAAUAAUUGAGUUUUUAUCACUGCCAUAGAAAGAAAUAAAACUGUUUAAGCCA